GCGACCCGGCCGGCCUCCUUGCCGCUCCCGGCAGCAGCGCCCCCGCCUGCCCGCCGACCCGCCCUCCGAGGGGUUCCGCCACCCUUCGCACCGCCGAGAAGCAAGAUGGCGUCACAGAAGCUGCAGGUGGCCGUGGUUGGGGCAGGGGCCGCUGGUCUGUGCGUCGCCCGCCACAUCCUUGCCUCGCCCAAGACGUUUGCUCCUCCCGUGGUGUUCGAAGCAUCUGGCUGCCUGGGAGGCACCUGGGUUUACUCUGAGGAAGAGACUGAGGGGCAGUCCACUCACUCCAGCAUGUACCGGGACCUCAGGACCAACCUGCCAAAGGAGGUGAUGGCCUUUCCUGACUUCCCCUUUGAUCCGGCGUUGCCUUCCUUCCUCCAUCACUCGGAUGUGCUGGCCUACCUGGAAAGCUAUGCGGAGCACUUUGGGGUCCAGGACCACAUCCAGUUCCGGAGCAAGGUGAGCCAUGUCCGGCCUGUGUCCAGCAGCGACGGCCAGCCAGGGGGCUGGGAGGUCACCGCCACACACCAGGGGCCAGAGACAACCCAGAAAGUCACGAAGCACUUUGAUGCCGUCAUGGUCUGCACUGGCCAUUAUGCCAACCCCUUCAUCCCUCCCAUUCCUGGCCUGGACAGCUUUCAAGGCCGCCUCCUGCACAGCCACUCCUACCGGCGCCCAGAGCCCUUUGCUGGGCAGAGGGUGGUGUUGGUGGGUGCCGGCCCUUCCGGAGUCGACCUGGCGCUGCAACUGGCCCCUCUGGCUGCGCGGGUGGUGCUGAGCCACCAGGGCCCUCCGGUCUGCGGGCUGCCCUUGGACGUGCUGCAGGUUCCUCCUCUGGCCCAGGUGUCGGCAGAGACGGUGGUGCUGAGGGACGGCUCUGCGCUGCCGGCCGACGCCUUGAUCCUCUGCACCGGCUACCGCUACCGCUUCCCCUUCCUGGACUUGGCGCAGCUGGGCUUGCGGGAGACGGAGUAUGGGGUGGGGCCCCUGUACCGGCACCUGCUGGCCCCCCGGCACCCAUCACUGUUCCUGGUUGGCGUCUGCCAGCAGAUUUGCCCCUUUCCGCAUUUCCACUGCCAGGCGCUCUUUGCCCUCGCAGUGCUGGAGGGGGGCUGCCCUCUGCCCUCCACCGCUGAGAUGGAAGCCGAUGUCCAAGCGCAGCUGGACCGGCACUUGCGCCAGGGGGGUCUGGCGCGGCACUUCCUGCGCCUCCGGGCCCAGCAGUGGAGCUAUGCGGAGGAGCUGGCCUGCCUCGCAGGGUUUCCUCCACUCCCCCCGGUGGUGCGAGAGAUUUAUGAAGCAACGCGUGCCAGCCGUGCCCAGGAUGUGAGCGCAUACCGCGGAAGGAACUACCGGCUGUUGGGCCCAGAUGCCUGGGAAGUUGUGCAAGGAGAGGCUGGGGAUGCAGGAGGGGGGCCUGCCCUUUGAAAGCCGACCAGCCAGGGGCCAUCAACGCCACCACCUUGUGGCAGGGAGUUCCACAGAUUAGACAGAGCAUUAUGUGACUAUGACUAUGCUGCCAGUCAGUUCCGCUGGGAGACCCAGCCCCAAAUUAGGGUGUUUGGGGAAAAGGAGGGAAAUGUUGCUUGGCCAAUGGGCGGGUGGGCAGCCUCUUUUUGGGGAGGGGGCUUGCCAAGGAGGGUGUUGGCAGCCUUGCAAGGGAGGCUGGGCCCAGAGCACAGGAGCCUUACGCAUCCUGGGAGGGGGCCUUUGCUGCCCACUUGCCUUCUCCUCUCUGAGGGGUGAAUGGGGAGUGCUGCCUGCCAGUGCGUUAGGCAGGCGAAUCACAAGCUGUUUGCCAUGCUAAUUCUGAAGAACCAGAAAAAUAAAAGGACGGUCAUGUG